GAUCUCGUGAGGAUCUUUUCUCUACGGAUUGUAUAGAAUUUGCUUUCAAAUCCAGAGUGAUGGCUCUCUUAUGGGUGUGAUGGUCCACAAAGAAUAAGGUUCUUCCACAAUUAGGUGAUCUUGGUUCAUGGAGCUCAACACACUGAUCACCUCUUUCCUCCUUGCUCUCAUCCUCUCACUGCUUGUAAUCCUUGCAUCGUCACUUGGCCUCAGAUCCAGAGCGAAAUCCAAGAAGAAGAGACGGCCGCCUGGUCCAUGGGGCCUCCCCUUCGUCGGGAGCAUCCACCACCUGCUCACCUCGCAGCCGCAGGCCGCCCUCCGCGGCCUGGCCGAGAAGCACGGCCCGGUGAUGUACCUGCGGCUGGGGCAGGUGGACACCGUCGUGGUCUCCUCUGCCGCGGCGGCGCAGGAGGUGCUCCGGGUGAACGACCUCAAUUUCGCCUCGCGACCGAGCCUGCUCGGCGCGGAGAUCAUCUGCUACGGCAACCUCGACGUCGCCUUCGCGCCUUACGGCGCCUACUGGCGGGCGCUGCGCAAGCUCUGCGCGCUCGAGCUCCUCAGCGCCUGCAAGGUGAGGCGGUUCGCGCCCAUCAGGGACAGCGAGACCAUGUCCCUCGUCAGGGAGGUGCUCUGCCGCUCCGGCUCCUCCGGCGGAGAGCCCGUGAACCUCGGCGACCUGCUCGUGUCGUGCGCGAGCUCCAUAACCGGGAUCGCGGCGUUCGGCGACCGCUGCAGCGGGGAGCUCAUGGAGCAGUUCUUGUCGGCCAUCUCCGUGCUGAUAAGCGACAUCUCGGGGUUCUGCGUCUCGGACCUGUUCCCGUCGCUCCGGCUCGUGGACGUCGUCACCGGGACGAAACGCCGGCUGCGGAGGGCUCACCGGCAGCUCGACGGUGUGCUCGACAAGAUCAUUGCUGAGUGCGAAGCGCGGCGCAAGGAGAGGAAGGCGAAGAAUACUGGAGGAGAAGACGACCUUCUGAGCGUCAUGCUGAGGAUCCGUGAUGAGGGCGAGUUUGAGUUUCCCUUCAACACCACAAACAUCAAGGCAAUCAUUCUGGAUUUAUUCACAGGAGGGACGGAGACGGUUUCAUCAACCGCUGAGUGGGUCAUGGCAGAGCUGAUGAAGAACCCGGACGCAAUGGCGAAGGCGCAAACGGAGGUGUGGCACGCAUUCAAGAACACAAGCCCUUGUGACCAUGGGUCCCAAAUGGACGAGCUGCACUACACGAGGAUGGUGAUCAAGGAGACCCUGAGGCUGCACCCACCCCUCCCGCUUCUUCUUCCUCGCCUGUGCCGGGAGACCUGCGAUGUCGGUGCGUUCGAGGUGGCCAAGGGCAGCAGGGUGAUCGUCAACUCAUGGGCGAUCGCAAGGAGCCCGGAGUACUGGGACGACGCCGAGGAGUUCAAGCCAGAGAGGUUUGAGAACAGUACGGCAGACUACAAAGGCACACAGUUUGAGUACUUGCCAUUCGGGCACGGGAGGAGGAUUUGCCCCGGCUUCGGCUUCGGGAUGGCCUCCCUGGAGCUCAUCGUGGCACGGCUCCUCUACUACCUCAACUGGAGCCUUCCGGAUGGAAUGCAGCCAGAGGAGCUGGACAUGGACACGACUGUCGGCGCGUCGGCGAAGAGAACCAACCAACUGCACCUGGUGGCUUCGCCUUACGAAGUUCGGAUGGAAAUAUGAAGAUUGCAUUCAAACAGUGCGAAAAGAACUCCUCCCUAAAGCCAGAUAUCAACAAAGAUCGGAGAGGGGUUGAACACUGUGGCUACCCUAUACUUCUCAGUUAUCACGCGUGCAUACUUGAAAGACUUGGCUUAGCUUUCUAAACCGGCACUACUCAACCUAU